CUACGCUGACUUGUUGCACGGGAAAGUUGUUUAUAAACCGAAAUGGGCUUGACGUGGCAGCGGUUGCAAUUGAAUCUAUUUUUGCCAAUUGCGCUGAUUUGUUGUGGUCUCCUUUUAAAGACAUGCAGCGCACAGGAGGCACAGAAGCCAUGGUACGAAAACUUACCAGCUGUAGCCAUGGACUAUAAGGUGCACAUAGACGCUGGCAAGGAGGACUGCUAUCAUCAAUAUGUUCAGGCAGGAGCUACCUUCUACGUGUCGUUCAGCGUUGUGCGCGGAGGCGACGGCAUGGCAGGGUUCGCAGUGCGCAAUCCAGCGGGUGAAAUAGUCAAGCCCUAUCAAUGGCAAGCAACAUCGGAUUAUACGGAUCAGGUGUCUCCAGGCGGUUACUAUUCUGUAUGCAUUGACAAUCAGUUCUCGCGCUUUGCGGGCAAGCUGGUCAAUAUAUACAUAACUGUAGUCAAAUACGACGCCUGGGAUAAAUACGCUAAAGAGAUUGAAGAGUUGCAGCUGAAUAUGCAAAACUUUACCACCGCCAUUGGCACAGUGGAGCGCAACAUAAACGACAUGUUGGGCUAUCAGGCGCACAGUAGACACCGCGAAUCGCGCGAUUAUGCGCUGCUGCUGGACAACAAUUCCUAUAUACAAACAUUCUCAAUUAGCCAAAUUGUGGUCAUUUUGAUCACGUGCUCAGUACAGGUAUUCUUCGUACGUAAGCUGUUUGAGGUGAAGUCCGGUUCGAAGAGUCGUAUUUAAAUUCAAAUGAGAGACUUUAUAGUAGACGGCCUUGCGGCAUUUCUGCACAACUUUUCUACGCAUUUUUUUCCAUUUUUUAUACGUACGUUCCCCCAGCACUAAAGCAUACCAAGACAUUCAUCCUUCCACUUUCUUAUUAAUUUGAUUUCAUUAUUGGCUACAGAACAAGUGCAAACUUAACUGACUUCUACUACUUAUAAUUGUCAAGCGAGUAUGUAAAUCUUAUGUGAUAAGUGCAAAUGUGUGAGUUUUUAUUAAAAAAAAGUAAUUCUAAAUGUAAAUAUGUUGCAUGCAUCUUUUGAAACAUUGACUUAUCUUAUAAAAGCUCUUGCUGGUUCUUGCGUCUGGGCUAAGUCAACAUAUCUUGUGAGCUUUUGCCUUACAAAAGAACUAAUUGGAUAAGCAGAAAAAAGAGUUAAUGUUGUUUGUCUAUUGUUUUUAAUAAAUAAUGCUUAAAUAUGUGUGAAUUUCGUCAAACAACAAACUAUUCCAGUUAUACUCGUUUAGGCCACGAAUUUGUCAAUUUGGCUUAAAGUAUGCGAAGAUUAUUCACAGCUUAUAUUAUACGAUAAUUAACUAA